AUGGCAGAUUCAUUGGGAAAGCUGCUUAUACCACAGACAGCCGGACCUCCAUCUCCAGUACCCAGUGAUAUGUCCUCUCCUGAUAGACCCGCUUCCAGCAGGGAACUCCCAUCUGGAGUCAAAUUCAAGCAGAAACACAAAUCCGACCUGCAGAAGAAGUAUCAGUGUCUGAUUGAAGGAAACACGCAGCAAGGAGACACCAAACUCCUCCAUGAGAUCUACACAGAAGUAGAAGUCUACAUCACAGAGGGGGAAGGAGGAGAGGUCAUUGAUGAGCAUAAUGUCAGACAGAUGCAGAGGGUAUCCUGUAAAGAAACAGCAGUAUGCAAUCCAAUCAAAUGCAGUGACAUCUUUAAACCCUUAUCUGGACAAGACAAACCCCUCAGAAAAGUGCUGACAAAGGGAGUGGCUGGCAUCGGGAAAACGGUCUCUGUACGGAAGUUCAUUCUAGACUGGGCUGAAGGGAAAUCCAAUCAGGAUGUUGACUUCAUAUUUCCUCUUCCUUUCCGGGAGCUGAACCUGAUGAAGGAGAAUAAACUCAGUCUGGUAGAUCUUAUUCAGUACUUUUUCCCAGACAUCAAAGAUCCAAGUGUCUUCACGAGUACAGAGCACAAAGUCAUGUUCAUCUUUGAUGGUCUGAAUGAGUGUCGACUUCCUCUAGAUUUCUGCUCCACAACGAGUUGUUCUGAUGUGACUGAGCCAGCCUUAGUGGACGUUCUGCUGACAAACCUCAUCAAGGGGGAUCUACUUCCCUCUGCUCUCCUCUGGAUCACCACCCGACCAACAGCAGCCGGUCAGAUCCCUCCUGAGUGUGUGGACCGGGUGACAGACAUAAGGGGAUUCAAUGACCCACAGAAAGAUGAGUACUUCAAGAAGAAAAUCAGCGAUAAAAACCUGGCCAGCAAAACCAUCACACACCUGAAGUCAUCCAAGAGCCUCUACAUCAUGUGCCACAUUCCAGUCUUCUGCUGGAUGUCAACCACUUUUGUAGAGAGGACAUCAAAAGACUCAGAGAAAGUAGAAAUGCCAAAGACUCUGACUCAAAUGUACACACACUUCCUGGUCAUUCAGACAAGCAUGAAAAAUGUCAAGUACACAGAGAGAAAAGAGACAGAUGACGAGGUGAUUUCCAAACUGGGGAAACUGGCUUUCCAACAGCUGGAAAAAGGCAAUCCGAUCUUCUAUGAGGAAGACCUGAGAGAGUGUGACAUUGACGUCACGGAAGCAUCAGUGUACAACGGAGUGUGUACUCAGACCUUCAGAGAGGAGUCUGGGAAGGUGUUCAGCUUUGUGCAUCUGAGCAUCCAGGAGUUUUGUGCAGCUCUGUACGUGUUCCUCUGCUUCAGCAACAGACAGAGAAACAUGUCUGACCAACAGCAAACCACUCCGCUCUCUACUCUGUUCAGAGCUGCAACACUUCAUGAUCUACACAAGGCAGCAGUGGACCUGGCCUUACAGAGUAAGAAUGGACACCUGGACCAUUUUGUCCGCUUCCUUUUGGGCCUCUCACUGAAGUCCAAUCAGAAUCUCUUAAAGCACCUACUGCCACAAAGCAGUAGCCAAUCAAAUAGCUCAGAGCAAUCAGUCCAGUAUGUCAAACAGAAGAUCAGAGAUCAGAGUAGCUCGGACAGAAGGAUCAACCUGUUCUACUGUCUGAAUGAGCUGAAUCACCAUGCGGUAGUGGAGGGAAAAAGCAGCUCAGGAACUCUGUAUGUAAACAUGCUCUUACCAGGAGAGUGGAAAACUACUAAAUUUGAGUUUAAGAUUUCAGAAGAACAGCUGGCUGAGUUUGACCUGCAGAAGUACAUAAAGACACCAGAGGAAGAUCAGACUGAUCUCCUUAGUCCAGGUGAAGUUCUUCAGAAGCUGCUGCCUGUGGUUACAACAUGCACAUCCGCUACGCUUGUUGAAUGCAAACUCUCGGAAAAGUCCUGUAGAAUUGUGGCUUCUGUUCUACAGUCUCCAAACUCCCUGGUCGAGCUGAACCUGAGUCACAAUGACCUGGGGGAUUCUGGAGUGCAUCUUCUCUCUAAGGCACUGUCUAGUCGCCACUGCAAACUGUGCACACUAAGAUUUGCUGGCUGUAUGCUCACAGAUAUUUCAUGUGAUAUAAUGGCUUCAGCUCUAUACUCCCUGCAAGAGCUGGACUUGAGUAACAACGACCUGGGGGAUUCUGUAGUUCAUCUUCUCUUUAAGGAACUGUUUAAUACCCACUGCAAACUUGAGACAUUAAGGCUUGCUGGCUGUAAACUCACAGAUGAGUCCUGUGAUAUUGUGGCUUCAGUUCUACAGUCACCAAAUAAUGACCUGCGACAGUCACCAUACUCAGCUCAGCUGCUGGACUUGAGUAACAAUGACCUAGGAGAUUCUGGAGUCCUGCUUCUAUCUAAGGGACUGUCUAGUACCCACUUUAACCUACUUGCUGACUGUAAACUCACAGAUGAGUCCUGUGAUAUUGUGGCUUCAGUUCUACAGUCACCAAACAAUGACCUGCGACAGCUGGACUUGAGCCACAAUGAACUGCGGGAUUCUGGAGUCCAGCUUCUCUCUAAGGGGCUGUCUAGUCCACACUGUAGACUGCAGACAUUAAGACUUUCUGAAUGCACACUCUCGAAGAAGUGCAGUGAAAUUGUGGCUACUGUUCUACAGUCACCAAACUCCCUGAUAAAGCUGGACCUGAGUCACAAUGACCUGGAAGAUUCUGGAUUUCAGCUUCUCUCUAAUGGACUGUCUAGUUCCCACUGUAAACUGCAGACAUUAAGACUUUCUGAAUGCACACUCUCGAAGAAGUGCAGUGAAAUUGUGGCUACUGUUCUACAGUCACCAAACUCCCUGAUAAAGCUGGACCUGAGUCACAAUGACCUGGAAGAUUCUGGAUUUCAGCUUCUCUCUAAUGGACUGUCUAGUUCCCACUGUAAACUGCAGACAUUAAGACUUGCUAAAUGCAAACUCUCAGAGAAGUCCUUUGAGAAUGUGGCUACAGCUCUACAAUCACCAAACUCCCUGAUAGAGCUGGACCUGAAUCACAAUGACCUGGGAGAUUCUGGAGUUCAGCUUCUCUCUAAGGGACUGUCUAGUCACCACUGCAGACUGCAGACAGUAAGGCUCUCUGAUUGCCUCAUCUCAGAUGAGGGUUGUAUUUGUCUGGCUUCAGCUCUGACAUCAAACCCCUCCCAUCUAAUAGAGCUGGAUCUGAGCUACAAUCAUCCUGGAGAAUCUGGGCUGAAGCUGUUAUCUGCUAGACUGGAGGAUCCUCACUGUAAACUGGAGAUACUUAAAACUGACGAUGCUUCUGAGCUCACACUGGACCCAAACACAGCAGGCAGAAAACUAUCGCUCUCUGAGGAGAACAGGAAGGUGACGUGUGUGAGAGAGGAGCAGCUGUAUCCUGACCACCCAGAGAGAUUUGACUUGUGUUAUCAGGUGCUGUGUAGAGAGGAUCUGUCUGGACGCUGCUACUGGGAGGCUGAGUGGGGUGGGGAUGCAGCUCGUAUAGCUAUGGCCUAUAAAAGCAUCCAGAGGGGUGAUGAUAUCAUGAUGGGAUGCAAUGCCAUGUCCUGGAGUUUACGCUGCUCUCCUGACAGUUACUCUGCCUGGCACAAUAAUAAAGGCACUGUCAUAACUGCCCCCUCCUCCGGCUCCAGAAGAGUAGGAGUGUACCUGGACAGGCCGGCCGGCACUCUGUCAUUCUACAGCGUCUCCUCUGACACACUCACCCACCUGCACACGUUCUACUCCACAUUCACUGAGCCCCUCUGUCCAGGGUUUUGGGUUUGGUCAUCGGUGUCCCUGUGCCAGAUUUUACAUUUGCAUCCUUCCGUAUCAAAUCAGACAAGGUGGUUACUAAACACAAAUAAUUCAAUCCUCAAGAAGUUUAAAAUUGUCUGCAAAGCAACAUUUGGUCAUUAA